AUGAAGUUUUCACCAGUCAACCUGCUGGUACUUGCCGCCCCGCUCGUCAAUGCAGCUGCUUUCUCAAUCUUCGACCCUACGCAGGCUACUCUCAAGGCCAACGACCCUGAAGAAUUUCCAGUCAAAGGCGACAACCCUUUGAACUACUGUGCCAAACCAGACAGCUACAAGCUCGAGAUCGAGUCGGUGGAUCUGUCGCCCAACCCGCCUCUACCGGGGCAAAAGUUGACCAUCUCUGCCGAGGGCACUCUGCUCGAGAGAAUCGAAAAGGGCGCUACCGUGAACCUGGAGGUGAAGUGGGGCCUCAUCACCCUAAUCAAACAAACCGUCGACCUCUGCGAUGAGCUCAAGAACGUGGACCUUGAGUGCCCACUUGAGAAGGGAAAAAUGGUCCUGACCAAGGAGGUGGAUCUACCCAAGCAGAUCCCUCCGGGUUCUUACUCUGUCCUUGCUGAUGUGUACAACCAAAAGCAACAGCAGGUCACUUGCCUGAAGGCCAAGGACAUCAAAUUCCACAUCUGA